AUGCAAGCCUUUUCACGACUCGCCCGACGUCCAUUGGUUUCGUCCCUACCCGCAGCCGGCCGCAUCAGCACGCUAUCUCGCCACUUUUCGCAGACAUCCCUCGCUAUGGCGCCCGUUUCCAAGGAGACCGACUUCCUCGUGAUAGGCGGCGGAAGCGGCGGCCUCGCUUCUGCGCGCGCGGCCGCUGGUAAGUUUGGUGUCAAGGCGAUGGUCAUUGAGGGGAAUCGCCUGGGCGGGACAUGCGUCAACGUUGGCUGCGUGCCGAAAAAAGUCACCUACAACGCCGCCGCGAUAGCCGAGACCUUCCACGAUGCCAAGUCCUACGGCUUCUCCUUCCAAGAAACGGCCCCCUUCGACUGGACCACGUUCAAAAAGAAACGCGACGCCUACAUCGUCCGCCUCAACGGCAUCUACGAGCGCAACCUAGGCAACGACAAGGUCGAGUACGUCCAUGGCUGGGCCAAAGUUCUCUCCCGCAACGAAGUCGAAGUCACCCUCGACGACGGCAGCAAAACCCUCGUCCACGCCAAAAAAAUCCUCCUCGCCGUCGGCGGCCACCCGACACCCGCCCCCCCAAUCCCCGGCGCCGACUUCGGCACCAACAGCGACGGCUUCUUCGACAUCGACACCCUGCCCAAGAAAGUCGCCCUCGUCGGGGCCGGGUACAUCGCGGUCGAGUUUGCCGGCAUGUUCAACGCCCUCGGCGUCGAAACCCACCUGUUCAUCCGCCACGACACCUUCCUCCGACACUUUGACCCCAUCAUCCAGGAGGGCGUGACCAAAGAAUACGAACGCCUCGGCGUGAAGCUGCACAAGCAGAGCAACGCUACCAAGGUCGACAAAGACGCCGCGUCGGGGAAACUCACGAUUCACUACAACGAAAAGGGCGCCGAGCAGGUGCUGUCAGACGUAGACCACCUGAUCUGGGCCGUGGGCCGCACGCCCGCAACCGCCAACCUGGGGCUCGCCUCCGCCGGCGUGGAUGUCAACGACCGCGGGUAUGUGGUCGUGGACGGCUACCAAAACACCAACGUCGACAACAUCUUUGCGCUGGGCGACGUGACGGGGCAGGUCGAGCUGACCCCCGUAGCCAUCGCGGCGGGUCGCCGGCUGGCGGCCCGGCUGUUCGGCCCGGAACAGUUCCGCUCGCUGAAACUGGACUACGCCAACAUCCCGUCGGUGGUGUUCUCGCACCCGGAAGUGGGCUCCAUCGGAUUGACGGAGGCGGAGGCGGUGGAGAAGUAUGGAAGGGAGAAUCUGACGAUCUACAAGACGAACUUUACGGCGAUGUACUAUGCCAUGAUGGAGCCGGAUCAGAAGGGGCCGACGGCGUAUAAGCUGAUUUGUGCCGGGCCGGAGGAGAAGGUGGUGGGGUUGCAUAUUUUGGGGUUGGGCAGUGGGGAGAUGUUGCAGGGGUUUGGGGUGGCUGUGAAGAUGGGCGCGACGAAGGCGGACUUUGAUAGCUGUGUUGCUAUUCACCCGACGAGUGCGGAGGAGUUGGUUACUCUGAAGUAG